UGACUCACUGUGCAGCAAAAUAAGUUGCUGGUUACACCAAACUGCAACCGGUUUCGCAGAUCACGGAGUUUGGGGUUUGUGGUGAACGUUCCUUGUGGUCAUGCAGCUGGUGAUCCGUCGGUACCGUCCGUCAGACAAAGAUGCCGUGCACACCCUGUUCAGCACCGGCAUCCAGGAGCACAUACCGACAUGUUUUCACAACGCCAUAACUAGCCCUCUCUACCUCGCCAUCACCCUGGCUCUGUGUAUUGCUGGCUACCUCCUUGGCUCUGUGUUAGGGGCUGUGGUGUUGCCAGGAGUCUGGGUGAGCUUUGUCUACUCCUGCUCUUAUUUGGUAUAUUACAGCUACGUCAGAGAGAAACUCCAGACGGACAUGCAGGACAUCCCUGGGAACUAUCUGAGCCGACCGGAUGACUGUUACUGGGUGGCAGAGGCCGAGAUUGAUGGGAGGGCCCAGAUCAUGGGUAUGGUGGCUGUAAUAGGCAAACAAAGUGGGGAAAAGCGAUACGGGGAACUGUUCAGAAUGAUCGUCUCGCCAUUGUGCAGACGGACGGGCCUGGGUGUGAGGUUGACUCAGACUGUGAUUGACUUCUGUAAGGAACGAGGCUUCUCUGAGGUGGUGCUGGAGACCAGCUCCACUCAGACUGCUGCUAUGGCCCUGUACACGAAACUGGGGUUUAGGCAGGUCUCUUCACUUGUCGGAACAAGGGUUCCCUUUUUGUUUAUAAAGUUGGCCAAGGUCUCGAUUUUAAGAAUGAAAAAAGAGCUGUAGUCCUGAAAUAACACGGAUCAGCUACUGCAACAUUCCUGUUAUGUUCCUCUUUAUCAGCGAUCUAAGCUUUUGCAUACGGCCACUAUUAUUUGUAAGCUAUGUCUCAUGACACCAAUAAAAGUCUCAGAUAGGGCCGAGACCCCUUUUUUUCUACUGUAUGUAUGUGAGACCAGCUUGUUGAGACUCUGUUGCUCUUGUAAACUUAGACUGUUGAUUGUUGUAAUGUUAAUAUUUUUAAUGUAAACUAGUGUUUCAACCACUGAUUUUAUUUCACAACUGAUCAUUCACAUUUAACUUUCACACAUAAACAUGUAAGAAAUAAAACCACGCCUAAAGCUUG